GGGCAUAGAAUAUCUCCUGGAUUAAUCUAUCACAGAUUCAUGUAUUUCAUGUAUUUAUGUAGACCGGAUAUAGGAUUUAGCAAACCCUGCCUCUUCCUUUCUGGACAAGAAUCGCCGGCCAACAUGGCUCCGAUUAAGAAGCAGGUCGUCAAAAAGACGAAGACGGGUGGCAAGAAGAAGAAGCAGGCCCUGAAGUUCACCCUGGACUGCACUCACCCAGUGGAGGAUGGCAUCAUGGAUGCUGCCAACUUCGAACAGUUCCUGCAGGAGCGCAUCAAGGUCAACGGUAAAGCUGGAAACCUGGGUGGUGGCGUGGUGUCCAUUGAAAGGAGCAAGAGCAAAAUCUCUGUGAAUUCUGAGGUGCCAUUCUCCAAAAGGUACUUGAAAUACCUGACCAAGAAGUACCUGAAGAAGAACAAUCUGAGAGACUGGCUGCGUGUGGUGGCCAACACCAAGGAGAGUUAUGAACUGCGAUACUUCCAGAUCAACCAGGAUGAGGAAGAGGAGGAGGACGAAGAUUAAAUCCAUGCUUUCUUUUGUCAAUAAAAUGUCUAAAGAACAAAA